AUGGCAUUCCCUCGACGUCCUUCCGCCGUUUUGCGGUACUUGAUACCGGCAUUUUUCUUCGUCCUCUUUUUCUUUGCCCUUAGCGGUCCAGAUCGUUUUCCAUCAAGGUCGUUAUGGUCCUACAACUAUGCCCGGGGGGAACACCCCAUCGACCGACUGAUCCAGCAAGCCGACGAGGAAUUCGAGCGCAAGCUCGCCAAGGAAACAAAAACGCUUGCAGAGGCUGCUGCAGCUUAUCGCCAGCGCCGUGGUCGGCACCCACCUCCCGAUUUCGACAAGUGGUGGAAGUUUGCGACACAACAUAAUGCGAUCAUCGUUGAGGAGUUUUGGGACCAGAUCUACCAUGACCUGGAACCCUUCUGGGCGCUGAACCCAGCCCAGAUUCGCAAAGCGGCCUGGGAAUUCGAGAUGCGUAUCCAUGUCCGAAACGGAAAGGCUAGCACGGAAAGCAACUGGUUUUGGACACAGAUCUGGUUGGACAUGCUCAAGCAGAUUGAGCACCUGUUACCGGAUAUCGAUAUAGCCCUGAAUGCAAUGGAUGAGCCCCGGAUAGUUGUUCCGUGGGAGAAUAUGACUGAGUACAUGAUCAAAGCAGCAGAAACAAGGAAGAUCGUUGACGUGGGGAGCGUCAUCACCGAAUUUGAAAAGAGGCCUCCGCCAGGAGAAGGGCCAGAAAAAGAUGAAGUGCUGGCCGACAAGGCUUGGGAAACCACGGAUAAGCACUAUUGGAAGAUUGCACGUCGUGGUUGCCCGCCAGACAGUCCUGCGCAGCAAGCCGAGCUGAUCACCGAUUACUCGAAGCCUCAGAUGGCACCGGCAUCAUCCUUGGCACACAUGCGAGAUGGUUAUGUCGCCAAUUACACACUCAGCACUCUCUUCUGCCACCAACCCGACCUACAAGCCCUCGAGGGCAUCUUCGUCCGGCCCCUAUCCGUCUCGGCUACCAAGACGCUCUUCCCUAUGUUCGGCGGCUCCAAGCUGGCUGUCAACAACGAGAUUCUCCUCCCCGCCCCAAUGUACUGGGACGCUAAUUCUCGUUUCAUGGGCCCUGAAGAGGAUGCCGCGACGCCCUGGUCCGAGAAGAUCCCCAAGGUCGUUUGGCGCGGCGUCGGCACCGGCGGACGCAACAACGAGACCAACUGGCGCGCCUUCCAGCGUCAUCGGUUUGUAGCUAUGAACAAUGCUACUGCCCUCAAGCUUGCCACCGACGCGGCUUUUUCCAAAACCUCCUACACUUAUCCGGCUGACGAGCAAGUCGCUUUCUUUCCCAACAACUUUGACCUCCCUGAUUAUCAGCAAUACCCUACAGUCCCUCGUCCCAACGAACUCCCGGACUGGGUGGCUUCCUGGUCGGACAUCGGUCUCACAGAUCUUUUCUGCGCAUACGAAGGCUUCAAACAUUCGUGCAACUACACCGGCUCCUAUUUCAAGCCUGUUGAGGGGCUUGAUCUGGCCAAGCAAUAUCAUUACAAGAUUCUGCCGGACGUGGAUGGUAACAGUUUCAGCGGGAGGUACCUGGGUUUCUUGAGAAGCACCAGCCUGCCAGUUAAGGCAACUCUGUGGCGCGAGUGGCAUGACAGCCGGCUCGUGGCGUGGAAGCAUUUCGUGCCGAUGGACAACCGAUUUGGAGACUGGUUCGGCAUUGUGGAGUACUUCCUCGGGGGCAAGAGCAUCACAGGAAACAAGCAGAAAGACGAGGAGCUGAGAGAGAAGAGGGAUAAGAACGCCGAGAAGAUCGCGCUGGCUGGACGGGAAUGGGCCUCGAAGGUGCUUCGGAAGGAAGAUAUGCUGAUCUACGUACUCAGGUUGAUGCUGGAGUAUGCGAGAGUAUGUGACGAGCGGAGAGAGGUGAUGGGGUGGGUUGGAGAUCUGCUUGAGGCUUAA